AUGACUCAAUUGCCGCGCCUACGAUUUCCCCCCCGCUCUUUUCUUUCCCCUCCGUCUUUCUUUCGGUCUCAGUUCAGGACUUACACCCCUCCCCCGAAGACCUUGAAACGAAACGUCAAGAUGGCCACCGUCAACACCAAGACCGGCCAGGCCGUCGACCGCACGGUGCUGGACUCCAUGCUCCGUCGCCGCAUGUUCUACACCCCCUCCUUCGAAAUUUAUGGUGGUGUGUCUGGUCUGUAUGACUAUGGCCCACCUGGAACCGCCCUGAUCGCCAACAUGACCGACCUGUGGCGCAAGCAUUUCGUGCUCGAGGAGGACAUGCUCGAGGUCGACACCACCAUGUUGACCCCCCACGAAAUUCUCAAGACUAGCGGGCACGUGGACAAGUUCGCCGACUGGAUGUGCAAGGACCCCAAGACUGGCGAGAUCUUCCGUGCCGACCACUUGGUUGAGGAGGUGCUCGAGGCCCGCCUCAAGGGAGACAAGCAGGCGCGCGGCGAGACAAUUGUGGUGGACGAGGAGAAGGAGGCCAAGAAGAAGAGAAAGGCCAAGGGCACCGAAGCUAAGAAGCUGGAUGAUGCCGUAGUCAAGGAGUACGAGGAGACCCUUGCACAAAUUGACAACUACGGUGGCCCCGAGCUGGAGCAGCUCAUCAAGAAGCAUGACAUCCGCAAUCCCGUCACCGGCGGCGAGGUGCUGCCUCCUGUCUCUUUCAACCUCAUGUUCCAGACCUCCAUCGGCCCUAGCUCCAACAUGCCCGGCUACCUGCGUCCCGAGACCGCCCAGGGUCAAUUCCUGAACUUCGCUAAGCUCCUGGAGUUCAACCAGCAGUCGAUGCCGUUCGCCUCUGCCUCCAUUGGCAAGUCAUUCCGUAACGAGAUUUCCCCGCGUGCGGGCCUCCUGCGUGUGCGCGAGUUCCUUAUGGCUGAGAUUGAGCACUACGUCGACCCAGAGGGUGGCAAGAAGCACGCUCGCUUCGAUGAGAUCAAGGAUACUGAGCUGUCCUUGCUCGACCGGAACGUGCAGCUGUCCGGAAACACAAAUCUGACCAAGAUGACCGUCGGCAAGGCCGUUGAGACCGGACUGGUCGACAACGAGACUCUGGGCUAUUUCUUGGCCCGCAUUCAGUCCUUCCUGUUGAAGCUGGGUGUUGACCCCACCAAGCUGCGCUUCCGUCAGCACAUGGCCAAUGAGAUGGCUCACUACGCCACUGAUUGCUGGGAUGCCGAGUUGCAGACCAGCUACGGCUGGAUCGAGUGUGUCGGUUGCGCUGACCGCUCUGCUUACGAUCUGACUGUCCACAAGGAUAAGACCGGUGCCCCUCUCGUAGUGCGCCAGGCCCGUGCUGAGCCUCUGCGUAUCGAGGAGUACCAGAUUGACCUCGAGAAGAAGAAGUUCGGUCCCCGAUUCAAGAAGGACGCCAAAACCGUCGAGGCAGCUAUUGAGUCUCUGUCCCAGGAGCUGCGCGAGAAGCUGUCUCUGGACCUUGAGAAGGACGGCAAGAUUGAGGUCGAUGUUGAGGGUGUUGGAUCUGGCAAGGUCGAGAUCGAGAAGGAUCUGAUCAAGAUUGAGAAGCGCACUCGUGUUGAAAAUGUCCGCGAGUACACCCCCAACGUUAUCGAACCAUCCUUCGGUAUUGGUCGUAUUCUGUACAGUGUCAUUGAGCACUCCUACUGGUCCCGCGCCGGUGAUGAGACCCGUGGUGUCCUUUCCUUCCCUCCCGCCAUUGCCCCCACAAAGGUUCUGCUGGUUCCCCUCUCUACCCACGCCUCCUUCAAGCCUCUGACCCAGCGUCUGACAUCGAAGCUGCGCAAGGCCGGUGUCUCCAAUCGUGUCGAUGACUCUUCCGCCAGUAUCGGCAAGCGUUACUCCCGCAACGACGAACUGGGCACACCCUUCGGUAUCACUGUGGAUUUCCAGUCCGUUCAGGACAACACCUUCACCCUGCGCGACCGCGAUACCACCAAGCAGGUCCGUGCCAGCGAGGACGAGAUCCUGCAGGCUGUCAAGUCGCUUGUUGAGGGCGACGAGACAUGGGAGGAAAUCUGGGGCAUCUCCGUCAUCGAUCUGUCCUCUUUACACUCUACUUUGUCAACAACGAUGGCGCCCACAGUACACUCCGCCAAAUUGACACUCUCGUGUCCCCUCUUCGCUGCGGACUUUGACCCGCGUAACAACGGCCGACUCCUAGUCGGCGGCGGAGGCGGCGAGGGGCGUAGUGGAUCUCUACUUGACACAUCAUGUCGCAACGAGAUCACUGAGGCUGUUGAAUUGAACCUAUCGCGCGAUGAAGACUCGGUAACAUCGCUGGCUGCGGCCCCGCUGGCUGGCGACGAGCCGGGCUCGCUUGUUGCUCUGGCCGGUAUAAAUAGCUCUGUGGAACAACAGAAAAAGAAUAACAAUCAACAUCUUCGCGCAUUCCGGUUUGAGGUGCCGCAGAAGACCACCAAAGACCGCAAGAAGGACGAGAAGGCGACAACGGACACCAAGUCCGAGGAAGAGGUUAUUCCUGGGAAGGCUACAGCUCUGUCGCAGGCAUCGCUCUUCCGAACGAAGACCGGGACAGGCUCUUCAGAUACUUACCAGCGAGUGACGAGACUCUCGCCGUGGCCGAAAGGGAAGGAUGGCACUGAGAAACAUACACGGAUCGGAGCCGUUGCGACGGGUCUCGCCCAGUCCGGUGAGAUUGUGUUCUUCCGCGCCACGGAGACGCCCAGCGAGAAGGAUACCAUUGGCCGCAUCCAAUUAAGCGGCAAUGAAGAGGCCGAGGACCUGGACUUUGUCAGCCUCGAACACGACCUGGAGAAGACCGACGAUGCACACGGCCGGUUUCUUGUGGCAUAUACAAACGGCACAGACGUCAUGGUUGGCGAGAUCUCGUCCUCCAGUCGCUCCAACAGCUCCCCCGACGUCCGCUCCGUUUUCACUAUUCCUCUCCCCGCCAGCGGAGCCCUCACAGCACGGCCCAAGUUCCGCGCGCUGCGAUUCCUCUCGCCCCGAACCCUGCUCCUCCUCCAAAACGCCCCAAACCGCGGUGGUAGCGAGCUCGUCCUCCUUCAACUCCCCAGCGCCAAAUCGAGCAAGUCCAAAGUCCUACGACGUCGCAAGCUCCCCCGAACCGUGAAGAUCGGCCUAGGACUCGACAUUUGCCAACUCGGAACGAACCCGCAAGGCCAACAACAAACCGUCAUCGCAGCUAGCGGCAGCGACAACUCCAUCCCUCUAUUCACCUUAGAAUACGGACCAAACCGGGGCUACAGCAACCUCCGCCCCUACACAACUCUCCGCGACGUGCACCCCUUCUCAAUGACAAAACUCACUUUCUCCACCUUCAUUGCGCCCCCACACCCAGUGACCCCAGAUGUCGGCCCGCAGAAUAUCAAGCUCGCCUCCGUCAGCAUGGGCAACACAGUCGUCGUGCACACAUUCCCACUAUCUCCCUUCUCAACCUCCUCCCGCACCCCACGCUACGUCCUCGUCACCCCGGGCCCCGCCGAGGUCUGGGAACUAGUCUACAGCAUCAUCAUCUUAAUAUUCUCCAUAUCCGCAAUCUGUGUAGCGAUGCUCGCAUUUGCCGAGAUCCGCGGCGGAACCCCGCCUGUCCUCGGCGCCACAGAGUGGCUCCCAGAGAGUAUCCGCGGAGCCAUUGCACGGGAAUACGUCUUACCCCCACGGGAUAAGCUGACGUACUUCGAUACACUUCUUGCGCCGCGCGGAAGCGGCAGUGAUGCCGACAUCCCAGUGGCGACGAUAGUCCCUACAGACUCGCAGAUCGAAUCCCUCCACGAAAUCCUGGACCGCGUACACCGUGCCGGCGCCGCACCCGCUGAUCUGGAAACUGUCGCGCCGCAGUCCCUCUCUGUCAUUAUACGGUGCGGUGCAGGAGACAAUGCUGAGCAGAGUGUGAUUAUUGAGACUGCUUUGUCUGCGUCUGCGGGCGAGUCCGAGCAGUCUGAGGAGGAGAAGCUGCAAGCUUGGAAGGAUCUUUCUGCGUCUGAGCAGAGUGCCUGGAAGCAGAGGCUUGUGGAUGCGGGGCGUUGGACGGCUUCUGAGGGGGAGAGUGUUCUUCUUGGGGUUUUGUUUGGUGAGGCUUGUGGGGGGUUGGGGAGGGCUGUGAGAGAUGAGUUGCCCUGA